UGUGAGUGCCAGUGGCUCCAGUCCCUGACCAAGCCCACCCCCUCCUCCUGGGCCCUAUAUUCCCACCAUGUGUAGCCCUCUCAUCUGCCCUGGAGCCUGUACAGCCACGCCACGCCGCCGCCCCCGAGAGCUCUAGAGAGCUGGUCACUAACUUUGCAGACGGAUGAGCUCCCAGCAGCCAGAGGAGACCGGGGCUGUCAACGCUGCCCCCUGUCCUGCGAGCUCAGACCCCCUCGCAGGGUCUUCCUAGGCUCCGGACUGGAACCCUGACCAUGGGACCUUGAAGUGGCUCUCACCUCCUCAGCUCAGUGGCAGACCCCACUCCCCCAGGCCCUUCCUGCCCCUCCCACAACCAGCUUGGAGGCUCCCGGAGGGAGGGGUGGGGAGGGGAUCCUGAUCUCACCGGGCGGGGGGCCUCCAUCAUGAUGCUCAACUCAGACGCGGUGGACCUCGACCUGCCUCCCACCCACUCCGAGACCGAGUCGGGCUUCAGCGACUGUGGGGGCGGGGCGGGCCCCGACGGGGCGGGGCCUGGGGGUCCCGGAGGGGGCCAGGCCCGGGGCCUGGAGCCCGGAGAGCCCGGCCGGAAAGACCUCCAGCACCUGAGCCGGGAGGAGCGGCGGCGGCGGCGCCGGGCCACGGCCAAGUACCGCACGGCCCACGCCACGCGGGAGCGAAUCCGCGUGGAAGCCUUCAACCUGGCCUUCGCCGAGCUGCGCAAGCUGCUGCCCACGCUGCCCCCCGACAAGAAGCUGUCCAAGAUCGAGAUCCUGCGUCUGGCCAUCUGCUACAUCUCCUACCUGAACCACGUGCUGGACGUCUGACGGGGCUGCCUCGGCCUGGCUGGGGUCCCCCCCCCCCCCCCCCUUUCCCCCCCCCUCCCC